UCUAAUAUAAAACCUAGCCUCCGUCUCCACAUCAAUUAUAGGGUUUUCAGGUUGGAACAAGCAGGCGUUGGGCAAGCCAAAGCGGCGGCGACACUCACAGCCACUGUCAACAUGGGUCGCAUGCACAGCAGAGGUAAGGGUAUAUCAGCUUCAGCUUUGCCGUACAAGAGGACUCCACCAAGUUGGCUGAAGAUCUCUUCCCAGGAUGUUGAAGAGAACAUCUGCAAGUUUGCUAAGAAGGGUAUGACCCCUUCACAAAUUGGUGUUAUUCUUCGUGAUUCUCAUGGAAUCGCCCAGGUGAACAGUGUCACAGGAAGCAAGAUUUUGCGUAUUCUCAAGGCCCAUGGCCUUGCUCCUGAAAUACCUGAGGACCUCUACCAUCUCAUUAAGAAGGCUGUUGCUAUCCGAAAGCAUCUGGAGAGGAACAGGAAAGACAAGGAUUCCAAGUUUAGGUUAAUCCUGGUUGAGAGCAGGAUCCACAGACUUGCACGUUACUACAAGAAGACAAAGAAGCUUCCACCUGUCUGGAAAUAUGAGUCUACCACAGCCAGCACUCUUGUUGCAUAAGAGAAUAUUUGGUAAUAGUUUAUGGGUUUUGUAAUCCACUGCCCCUUUGGACGAACAAGAUUUGGUAGUCAUGAGUAUUUUAGACGUCUCUCCUUCUAAACUGCUGUGAAGUUCCUUGUGAGCCCAAUUUUAUUAUUGAACGAGGACAUAAGAACAUUUGUAACAGAUAAUUCCGUCCUUUUAAGCUCCCCAAUGCGCAGAGAUUCUUAAAUU